UGUUCAUUUCAUGUGAAGCGGGGGCAGUAUUGGAUAUAUUGUUUGCUCCUACAUGGGUAACGUAUCAGCGGUGAAGAAUUCCUUGCAACAUUUGAUCGUGAGUUAUGAAAUUUUGGUCCUCAGAGCAUAUUUUCGAUCACUGCUGGGAUCGUGUCACUCAAGCAGUAUGGCGAAAGUAUCCUAACGAUCUCAAUCCUAAUGUAAAAACCAUGGAUGUUCUAGACAGACAUGUGGAUGAACAAGGACGAUUACACACAACUAGACUUGUAGGCACUGAAGGAUUUUUACCUUCAUGGGUUUGUAACAUGAUUGGAGUUGAUAACCUCUGUUAUGCUUAUGAACACUCUGUGGUUGAUCCAGUUGCAAAGACAAUGACAAUGGCGAGUAGGAAUGUAACACUGUCGGGCUGGGCAGAUGUAGAUGAGACAGUAACUUAUACUCAAGACCAGGAAAUUAACAAAACUAGACUAACACAAGAUGCAGUAAUCACGGUUUUUGGAGUUAGCUUCAAAGACUAUUGUGAAAGUCUUAUCAAGAAUACAAUGGCCAGUAAUGCGUCAAAGGGAAGAGAAGCUAUGGAGACGGUUAUAACAAAAAUUAACAAAGAGGUUCAAGACUUAGCUGCUAACAUUGAACAUGCUACAAGUAGGCUCAAUGCGGAGUUUGAGCAAGCAACAACCAGGUUAAACUCAGAACUUGAACAAGCAAAACAAGGACUUGAACAAGCUACCAUAUUUCCACAGGCUUUUUGUGAGUGUUCUUCAUCAUCAACUACUUCUAGCUGAUUAAAGUGCAUUGCUAAAAUUUGAGUCAAGGAGGGUGGUCAGCUCCAUUCAUGGGAAGAAGUGUGGAAUGAAGUAUCAGGCCAAGAGUAUUCAAAGGAGUAAAUGGAUUCAAAGUGGAAGGAGUAUAGUAUGCUGUUUAGAGGAUGUCAUAUGCUUGAAAAUAGCUAUCUGUGACAUGUACGUCGAAGGCCUCCUUGAAGGAGACCCUGACAACAGAAUCUUCUUCUGCUGUAUGUUGAAAACAUACAUUAAGUCAUAAAUAUUGUAAAAGACUUUGUUGUUGACCAUGAUUCAAAGUGCAUCUGUGUUCUGUGAUAUCAAAAGCAACACUACUUAUAUUUAUUGAACCCAGGUAUUUAAUGAACCUGAUAAUUUGGUUUUAUCUAGUGAAUUGAUAAUGUAAUGAAUCUGGCCUGGAACUUCUUCCUUUUCGUGGAUUCCAGUACUAAUUUUAAGGCAAGAAUGGAAUGUUAAGGGCUUUACUAGUUGUAUUAUCUGGAUAAAGAGGGCUUCCUUUUCAUUUUGAAGAAAAUGUUACUUAACGGCAAGGGUUGUUCCCCCAGCUGGCUGACAUUAUGCACAAACAUCUUGUCAUUAAAACCUUCUCUUUAAUGUUAGUCCAACUUAAUAUUUGCAGAGAUGAAAUUAAUACAUUGUGAAGUUACCAAUUUUAAGUGUCUAAGUUUUUUCAAUUGAUGGAUGUAUUUUGUUUCAAAAUGUCUACUAAACAUCAUGAAGCAUUACACCACCCCCCAAUAAAGAACUUUGUCAGGGAA